AUGGCGCUUUGGGUCGCCUCAAUGGCGACAUCUCCACUCCCGGCACUGAGCUGGAACGGCCACCUUGGUGGACUUCCUGCUCUCAGCUACUCUGCCCCUGUAACCUCGGUGAUGAAUCGACGUGAUCAUAAUCACACCUCUCACCAAGAUCCAACGUCACUCAAGCAGCGACUAACGAACAAGAUCACUUUCGCUCGGUAA